AUAGAUGAUGUCGAAUUCGAUUGUCUGUUGUUUAUUAUGGGUGAACUUCUACUGUUUGUCAGAAACGUCGCACACUGUUUUAGCAGCGGCGAAGUAGCAAUCGAGCUGCAUGAACUCGUACAAUUAAUUAUUUCAAUUAGCCAGUUGACGUUAUUGUAUGUUUGUAACGGAAUCGUUAGAUUGCACCCGAGUCCCUGCAGUUUUGUGCCACCACAACCAGAGAAGCAACAUGUGACCCCAAUCUGACAUUUAUCCCCCGUUUAUCAACCCCUCCGCGGCGGGUUGUUCACUCGUUAGACCGCGCUCGAGCCGUUCGGCCGCUAAAUUAUUUUUCAAACCAGCAAACCGUCACUUUUCCUUGUAAUUAACCCAUUAUCUAGCCACUCGCUCGUGAGAAAAUCGGUGAUUUGUACAUCAGUAAUAACGAUGAGUGGGAGAGAAGCAGUCAAACUAAAAAUAAUAAAGUGCUGGAAACAGUAAAAUGAUCCAGUGCAAAGUGUUCCCGCUAGUGCCCAGAACAUUCGUCAAGUUCAAAAUUUGGAUCAUAUAAUGGAUGCCCAAACAUGAUGCCUUCUACGGAGAACAACCGAUACAUAGUGCAGGUGUACGUGGGGGCCCUGUCCGCCCUCUACGAGGCCCUGUCGGUCGAGGCCAGCAAACAGACCACUUCCGAGGAAAUCGUUUCCUGUAUUGUGGAACGACUUACCUUGAACGAAAACGUUUCGUACGAACUAGCAGAAGUAAUCGGGGACGAUUUCGGGCAAGAAUGCAAGGAACGGAGCCUUUCCCCCAGCGAAAGCCCCGUGCAGCUGAUGAUGCUGUGGCCGAAGAACCGACCCGAUCACACCUCGUACAGGUUCUACUUGAGGGAGAGGGUAAACGAGUGCGUAUGGCGGGACCAGUUCGUGAUGGAUCCCCAGCUGAUCAAAGACUACUUCCACCGUUUCCUAUACCAGCCCAAAGACCGGGAGUACCCCGACUUGUGCCAGUUACCCGACUUAAACGAACAAACCCUCCUGGAAAACCUCCGGGCGAGGUUCGUCGCGGGCCACAUCUACACCUACGUGGGCUCCAUACUCAUAGCGCUCAAUCCCUUCAAAUUUUACCCCAUUUACAACCCCAAGUACGUGAAGUUGUAUCAGAAUAGACGGUUAGGGCCCAACUUGCCUCCCCAUAUUUUCGCGGUGGCCGACACCGCAUACCAUUGCAUGUUGAAAGACAGGAAGAAUCAGUGUAUUGUGAUCAGUGGUGAGAGUGGUUCCGGCAAGACUGAGAGUACGAAUUUUUUGUUACAUCACUUGACGGCCCUCAGUCAUAAGGGUUCGCACGGUAGCGGAGUGGAACAGACAAUUUUGAGUGCGGGGCCGGUGCUGGAGGCCUUCGGGAAUGCGAAGACUGCACAUAACAAUAACUCGAGUCGCUUCGGGAAGUUCAUCCAGGUGAACUACAAAGAGAACUGCAUGGUUCACGGCGCCGUCGUCCAGAAGUAUCUCCUGGAGAAGUCCAGGAUAUGCUCCCAAGGCAGGUACGAGCGCAACUACCACGUGUUCUACUACCUCCUGGAAGGAGCCAACGAACAAGAGAAGCAACUGCUCCACCUCAAAUCCCCGGACCAGUACUACUACCUGAACAAGUCCUGCUACACUUUAGAGAACAUAGACGAGAGCUACGAGUUCUCAAGACUGAAACAGUCCAUGGAGAUGGUGGGGUUCACCGCCGAAAAACAAAGGAGGCUCUUCUCCGUACUGUCGGCGGUGCUUCUGCUGGGCAACGUGGAAUUCCACCCGAGGAAAUCAGCCUACCACCACGACGAAUCCGUGGGGGUAAAGAACCCCGAGGUGGUCUCGCUGAUUUCCGAAUUGCUGAGGGUCAAGCAGGAGACUCUGAUGCAAGCCCUCACCGCCAAGAGGGCGAGGGCUUCGGGGGAGACCCUGGUGAUCAACUACCGUCUGCCGGAGGCCAUCGCCAGCAGGGACGCCAUGGCGAAGUGCCUGUACGGCGCCCUCUUCGACUGGAUCGUGCUCCAGGUCAACCACGCGCUUCUCUCGAAGAAGGACACCCUGAGGGAGCACCAGGGCAACUCCAUAGGCGUGCUGGACAUCUUCGGGUUCGAGGAUUUCGGCCUGAAUAACAGCUUCGAGCAGUUGUGCAUCAACUACGCCAACGAGCACCUGCAGUACUAUUUCAACCAGCACGUCUUCAAGUACGAGCAGGAGGAGUACCGGAAGGAGGGGAUCAGGUGGACGAACAUCGAGUUCAUGGAUAAUACGGGGUGUUUGCAGUUGAUCGAGGGCAAGCCCAACGGGUUGAUCUUUAUUUUGGACGACCAAUGCAAUUUUCCCGGGGCCACCAACGAAACCCUCCUCCAGAAGUUCAACAGCGUCCACAAGGACAACAAGUUCUACCAGAAACCCCAAAAGAAGGAAGCCGCCUUCAUAGUGGUCCACUAUGCCGGCAAGGUGAAGUACCAAGUGACGGACAUGCGCGAGAAGAACCUCGACCUGAUGCGCCAGGACAUAGUAGGAGUGCUGAAGAACAGCUCGAUGGCCUUCGUGAGAGAACUGGUAGGCGCCGACCCCGUUGCAGUGUUUCGCUGGGCCAUCGUCAGGGCCUUCUUCAGGUCGUACUUCGCCUUCAGGGAAGCGGGGAGGAAACACAGGCAGGGGAGGGUGGACGGUAACAAGAACAACAUCCAGCAGAGGUAUUCGAGGAACCACAUACCCAACGAGAAUUUAAUAAGCAAGCAACGAAACGCCGCGUUUAACAGAACGGGCAGAAACAACGACAACGAACCACCUAGCAAUAACAGCAAUCACAACAGGCUGUCGUGGCCUCAGUUCUACCAACGGAACCGGACAGGCGGCGGCAGUAGCAAAAACAUCGAAGAGGACCGCAGGAGGAAGGACUCGACGGGCGGCAGUCCGGGCAAUCCGGCCGCCCUCGAGAGGUUGGCCCCCGACGAGGCCAGGGCCAUACAGAGGGCGAAUCAGAUCGUAAUGAAGAACAAGUCCUUCAGGCCCCGUGAGAGGGGCAAGAAGGGCCUGAAGAACCUCCAGUCGGUCAAAACGCUGGCCGGACGCACCGGAAUCACUGCUCAAGCGCAGGGCCAGCUCGGCAAGGCCCGCAAACAGCCCAUGACGGUAAUUGCUCAAUUCCAACAGUCGUUGCACUCCCUGAUGGACACCCUGAACCAAGCCAACCCGUUCUUCAUCCGCUGCAUCAAAUCCAACAGCAAUAAAAUCCCCAAUACCUUCAACGAAGAGACGGUACAGAGACAGCUGCGGUACACGGGGAUGUUGGAAACCGUCAGGAUACGGCAGGCUGGCUUCAACGUCCGUUUAACUUACGACGAGUUCAUCCAGCUGUACCGGAUCCUCCUCCCGAAGGCGUUGUUGAGUAGUCAGAACGACGUGAGGGACUUCUUGUCCACGUUAAACUUGAACCGGGACAACUACCAACUGGGCGCGACGAAGGUCUUCAUGCGCGAGUCCGAGAAAUAUAAACUCGACUGCAAGCUCCACCAGCAGAUCAUCUCGAGCAUAGUGACGUUGCAACGAUGGUUCCGAGCCUGUCUGGAGCGUAGGCGUUUCCUGAAGAUCAGGUGGGCGGUGGUCACCAUCCAGUCGUACUGUCGGAUGUACCUGGUGCAGAGGUACGUGAAGAGGCUGCAGGCGGCGAUGAAGAUCCAGAAGUGCUGGAAGGGGUACAAGUGCAGGAGUUGGUUGCGGAAGAUGAAGGCCGGCCUGGUUAUGUUCCAGGCGCAUUGUCGAGGGUUCAAGGUCAGGCAGAUGGUGGCGGAGCUUAAGGCGACAGGGGUCGUACCUGCGAAGAAACCUCAGAUUGUAAGUGCAGUUCCACCUCAUCUUCAAGUGAAGCACGUCAGUUCCGACGAAGCGUUCGUUAGCAAAGAGUCCAGCCAGGAAGAGCUUCAGUCCGACCAACCCGACAGGAGACUAUUAGAUUCCGACGAGAGCAGCGGCGUUCCCGAGGAUGAUAUCGAUACGACCUCUCACAGCAGGCUGAGAUCAACGGUGUCUCUACCGAGCGUUUCAGCUACUCACUCGGCCGCCUAUUAUCCCUACUUGAACAACACCAUCAGCAAAUUGGAGGUCUCGAAACAGGAUAAGCCACCUCCCGAAACCCAGAGGAAGAAGAUCCAGAAGUCUCACCAGACCAUCGACUACUCCGAUCUCGACUACAUACCCCAGAGGAAAAGCAGCGGCGACUCGUUAGCAUCUCAACACAGUUUCGAGUCGCAGCAAAGCUCGGACUCCCAUUCCAGCGUAACCGUCCGCGAGUUACACAAACAAGAAGCGCCGCCCCUCGGCAAGCAAUGGUCCUCGACCAGCACAACCAGCGAAACGUUCUCGGAAAGCGGCAUCACCCAGUCGGCGCCGCCUAUCAUGAGCGAAAAGAACUACGAUAGUUUUUCUAUGGACGAUUAUACGAAACCGCCCCUGAUUAGGACCCAAGCGAUCAAUACCGCCGUUAGACGAGACUUUAGACAUUCGAACGAUGGGAAGUACUUGAGGAGUUACCAGCCGGUACGCCGACCAGCGAGAGAGAAACCGGGAUCGGACGACAGACCCGACGUUUAUCCCUACGACCAAACCCCCAACAAACUCGAACAGAUCCUCGGGAGACCCGAAGCACCCAUUCGAAAUACCCGGAAAGCGAAGCGCACCCACGUGAAGAGCCUCGGCGAGGAAGUCACGGACGGUAGCAGCAUCGAGAAGAGCCUCCUCCUCGGCACGAUAGACGAAUCCAAGGCGCAACCGGACCUCAACAGAAAUCAGAAGGAUAAUAUGAACGCUUUCCUGCAAGGCGAGGGCGGCUCACCCUUGAUGAAACAAUCGCUUACUCCGAAACGACAGAGACCUAACCUGCCCAGUUUGGACCUGCGAAGGCGGAAUAGCGAUCCCGCUACGAAAGCGACCAUUUCCGAUCAACCCGGCGGUCUAGACGCAAGCCCCGCCAUAAAAACCAACGAGUACAAGUACGGAGACUUAAACGCCGUUUCCAUGGCUGGUCACACGUUCCGAAAAAUCCCGAGGAUAACGAAAGACGACUCCUGCAACUUCUGCAAGGAGAAACUAGACGCGUUCCUCACUCCCGGCUAUAGAUGCACCACCUGCAAGCAGCAGUUCCACACGAAGUGCAUCCAGAACAAGAGCGUGCUGGAGAUGCCGUGCGAAUCUCCGAGAGGGAACGCCGAAGUGAGAUCCGGAAGGCGUAAGCACCGAAAACACUCCAGGGCGCCGUACGACCUCCGGAAACCGGACGAGAGCAAAUUUAACCUCACCAGAACGUCGGAAUUCACCGACAGGACGGAUCAAAUCAUCACCGGAGCCGAGGAACUCACUUUGAUGCAGACGUUCAUCACCGACAAGAUACUGAAGAUGGAGGCGGAAGGCGGCAAGAGCAGCGAAGUGGACAAGCUCUUCAAGCAGGCGUUGCGGGAAUUCAAGGAUAACCUCAUUCAGAUGUACAGCAGCGCCACGAAACACAACAGCCUCGACACGUACAACAUCAAAUACAAGGACCUGAUCCUCGUCUUCAUACAAGCCAUGGAGACGGUCUGCCAACGCGAACAAACCGCCAGCGAGAUGAAGGAUUUCCCCGUCACGAUGGGCGUGAACGCCUUCCGCGGCUUCAUGAACGAAUUUAUGACUAGCAAGGCGCUGGAGAAACCGAGCAAGUCCAAGAGGAAAAAGGAGAAGAAGCGGAAGUUGGAGACGUACAAGUUCAACGGCCACACGUUCCUCCUGACAAUCAUAAACAUCCCGACGGCUUGCGAGAUAUGCAGCUCGUUCUUCAUGUGGCCCGUGGAGAGGGGCCUGGUCUGCCAAAGCUGCAAGCUGACUUGCCACAAGAAGUGCUACACGAAAGCGAGCACGUGCCAGAAGGAAUCGGGGCAGGGAGAGUCGAAGAAGAUCUUCGGAGUGUCACUAGUCACUCUAGUCACCGAUGAAAACAAGAUACCGUUGGUUAUCGAGCGGUUGUUGAGCACAAUCGAAUUGUACGGACUGUACACGGAAGGUAUUUACCGAAAGUCGGGCGUCAGUUCCAAGAUAAAAGAACUCAAACACAGGAUGGACGAGAACCCCGACGAGGUGGAGUUCGAAAAGUACCAAGUACACGUUCUAGCGUCGGUCCUGAAGAGUUUCCUACGAGAAAUGCCCGAACCCCUGCUCACCUUCGAGUGUUACGAGAACUUCAUCACCGCCGCCAACUUAGAAGUGGAAAGCGACCGUGUCGCCACCCUCUACGACAUCCUCAAGAAGCUGCCUCCCCCGAACUACGACCUCAUGGAGCGGCUGAUGUUCCACCUGGCUCGGAUAGCGAUGCACGAGGAAACCAACAGGAUGAGCGCCGCCUCCCUUGCCAUCGUGUUCGCCCCGUGCGUGUUACGGACUAACAAAGUGGUUCCGGCCCAGGAGAGCCUGGUGGACAUCAGCAGUCAGACGCAGUGCAUCGAGACCAUCAUCAAGGUACAGCUGAGGAAGAUAAGGAACACGCUGGAAGACAUCGACACGUUGGACACGGCGUGCCAGGCGGCCACCAACCGGCUGUCCUCCCUGCGCAGCUCCAAGGUGUUCACCCCCGACGAGCUGCUGCCCGCCAACCAGCCCUCCCAGCAGCAGACCGACGACGAGGAGCACCUGCUGGUGGACCACAUCCAGGAGAUCCGGAAGGAGAAGGAGCACCUCACCUCGACCUUGCCCACGCUGACGCACGCCACGUCCGACGACGACAUGCUGUCCACCGACGGGGACGGGAGUCUGGACGAUCUGUCCUGCAUAGGGGACAAGAGGCCGCGGCCGGUGGUGCGCUCCAUCUCCACGGGACCCAUGCUGCCCAAGCUCAGGAGGCAGCUGUCGACGGAGGUCGGCGACGGAGGAGGAGGAGGCGGCGGGAGAGUCGUGGAAGACUGCGAGGAUCCUAUAAUGGUGUAAAGUGUACAUAGGUUCUAGUAUGUGUACAUACUCCGAGACUACUUGUCCUUUUAGUGCUGUAGUAGGUAAAUGAAAUUUAUAUUUUUUAAAUUAUUGUGCGAUGCGCCACACCUGAGGAUAUCCUUUUCUUGUAUUAUAUUUUCCCCUUUCGUUGACAUCAUUUCGUGGUCAAGUGAUAUAUGUAUGAUAGGAUCGCUGCAAGGUAACCAUGACAGUCGACUUGGAGUGCAAAUUUCUAGCUGUCUAUACGUUCACUUUCGAGUGGUUGUACAGGGAACGUGGGGGGCAGGCUCGCGCCCGUGUCGGUCGUUGACGUGGAUUCCGGUUUUGGCCUAAAGACUGCUUUAUAUCUGCCGAUGACGAAUCUCAACGCACCAAACUUAACGAUGAUUCCUUUCGGUAUAGGUAUUUUUUCAAAUUUAUUUCGGAGUACACACGUGUUCUCAAACGUAAAUUCUGAGUAUUCAAAAGUUUAACUAAAUUUUUAAAUUUGGUAAAAUUGAACAGUCAUUGCGUUACAAUGUGUUUUUUAUAAAUGAAUUUUUGUUUAAGAGGGUUCUACGGCAAAUAGGCAACCAGCAAUACAUUUUUAUCGAU